AUGGAUUUUUCAGAGUCAUUGGACGCAGAGACCCAACAGCAGAUGUUUGAUGCGUUCGCCAAGUGGGCUGACGACAAUCUCGACGCUCAGGUUAUGGAUGGAAAGGUUCAAAAUACGAAAUCAGCGCAGCUUGCGAUCGAGUCUCAAGUGUCGCGGAGCCAAGUUCAGAUUGUGCUCCAUUUUGAUCCAGUCACACCUCCUUACAUUGUCGACUGUAUCGUGGAAUUUUGGGUAGCAAAUACACUUUCUAUUCCCCAGAGGAAACAGGUGACUAUGGCCUUUUGUCCGCCAACCGACGCGAACGAUGCCGAUGUCACGGAUACAAUGACGACAUUGGAUGUCAUCUACAGGGUCUUUAUGGCAAGCUUUCCUUUAGAAGAUGAACUGCUUCGCAACGCCGCUUUGGCGAUGAUGCGCCAUCAGGUUAUCAGGAGAUUUGUCAAACAAGAGGAAUUGCUCAAUACGCUAAAUUUUCUCUAUGAGUCGAGUUCGAAUAAUAUAGUGCGGCAUGCUCUAUUGAAGCGCAUCUUUCUUUCCUCUCUGAUCCUCAGAUCAGAAGAGUUCCUCACUGGAGAUAUGAAGGAACAGUUCGGCAUAUUACUUGGCAGGUGUGGCAGUCUGGCGCAUGAUUAUGUCAUGGGUCUCCAGUAUAGGGUAUACUUGUCAAUGAGGUCUAAGAUGAACAAGGACAAGGGGAAGAACGAUAAGGAUGAAGGAGGUGAAGGAGCGAAGGCCAAAGAAGCAAGAAAAUAA